AUGGGAUAUGGUGGGAAUCGACUACAUUGGUCCGAUAAACCCUCGUUCGACGGAAGAACACUAAUACAUCGUGGUGAUAGCGGAAUACGUGACGAAGUUCGUGGGAUUGGCAUGCCACACGACGGUGGAUGGAGACUAUGUAUUUUAGACUUGGGAAUCACAAGGGGCGUCAAUGUUCGGCUGGCCGAAAGUUAUCUAUUGCGACAAUCGCUCACAUUUUGUGAACAUGAAUGUCAAGGUAGCAGCGGAACGUCAUGGCACAAGGAUGUAGUUGGAACCUACGUCUCAUCGCUCAUCUACAGGCUUGCCAGAACGCGUCGUUCGCCCGGUAAAGGAUCAACUACAGAAAUAGGCAGCAGAGCGAGAGGGACUUGCGUUGAACCUCUGGCACAUGGUAGUGCCCACCAUCAACGUCAACCUCAACAACAGGAACCGCCUUCAAAGCAUCCAGGCAUACUUGAGCAACAGCCAGACGAGCAAACCUUGAGCGACGACGAACGUGUGGCCAGGGAGUUGAACUUGGCGCUUGUCGACGCCAGAGAGGAGCUCCGAGAGAGUAUACAAAACCGAGCGAACAACUUAACGCAGCCGGUUGUCCCGCGAACAUACAGACGGCUGAGAGUUGGCACAAUCGUAUGGGAAAAACAUGAUAAAGCCGCAACGCUGAAGACCAAGUCUCAUAAGUCCUGGGGGAAUCUAUCAAGAGCCACUGAACAGGUAUCGGAGGUCGUGUAUAUGACGACGAGUCUGGUGGCACCAGGCAAAGCCCGGAAGGUACAUGUCGACGACUUGAAACUGUAUGUGAGGCGUCUGGCGAGGCUGGAACCUCCGAAGGUCAUCAAGCUGGAACUAGACGCCAACAAGGAAGAUCAACGACAGAUGCUGGAGGAUCCCACUUGGGACAACCCUGAGAUUAUUGAUUCUAUGCGAACAUGUGAGUACGCUGGGAGGCGACGCUCCCAUCAUUCGGUUAGAGUGCUGAGCACUUUGCGUGCUACGGAUUGGUACAGGCAAAUGGACACCGGAGGAUCUGGUGGCGGGAAUGACGGAGCGGAAGAACUUGGCAUCAUGUGA